CGAGCUGCACGUUCAAUCUGUGAAGAUGCACAUCUCUCUUGCUCGCCGCGUCCUGCUGGCCCUCCUCGUCGCUGCUGAGGCGGCAGUGGGCUCCCCGCUCCACCUCCGCUCUCCUUACGCCCUCAAAGAGACCCAUAACGUCCCCAGGAAAUGGUCCAGGGUCGGCCCAGCGCCUUCGGACCACACAAUCCACCUGCAGAUCGGUCUGAAGCAGAGCCAAUUCGAUGAGCUCGAGAGGCAUCUCUACGAAGUUUCCGACCCCGCGCACAGCCGGUAUGGUCAGCACUUGACCGAGGCCGAGGUGAACGAACUGGUUAAACCCUCCGAUGAUGCGCUGGAACUUGUUCACGAGUGGCUCUUUGACCACGGCAUUGAAGCUACUUCACUCCACUACAGCCCCGCGAAGGACUGGAUCAGACUAUCCCUUCCCGUGAGCGAUGUGGAGAGCCUUCUUGAGACUGAGUACUCUGUCUUCGAGCAUGAGGAGGGUGGCCAGAUUGUUCGCGCGCCGGAAUGGUCUCUUCCAAAGCACCUGCACGAGCACAUUGAUGUUAUUCAGCCAACCACCUCAUUCUUUGCACCACGGGCUAUGAGGAGCACCCUGAAGACCGUGGCCCCGGAGGGUUGGAAGCCACCGAAGCCAAUCUCCCCCCCAACCAACCCGACUGUAGCGCAAGUGUGCAACGAGACCGCGGUGACCCCUCUCUGUCUCCGGACCCUCUAUGGGACUUAUGACUACACUCCCAAGGCCGCGGGCAAGAACAAAGUCGGUCUCAACGAUUUUCUUGGCGAGUCGAAUAACCGGUCAGAUGCCUACAUCUUUCUGAAUGAGUACCGCCCGGAAGCUGCUGCCGCCGCAUAUGAGUUCAGUGUUGAAGUCAUAGCAGACGGAAACAAUGAACAAACCCAGGAGAAUGCUACCGAGCUCGCCAAUGGCAAGGACCUCGAGGGCAAUCUUGACGCCGAGACGAUUCUUGGAAUCAGCUGGCCCACUCCGCUGACUGCCUUCACAACCGGUGGCUCCCCGCCCUUCAACCCUGAUGCUGUGACUCCAACGGACACCAACGAGCCAUACCUGACCUGGAUCCAGUAUGUGCUCGCCCAGUCUGAUCUGCCCCAGGUAAUCAGCACCUCGUACGAUGACGACGAACAAACGGUUCCACUCUCAUACGCGACCUCGGUCUGUAAUGGAUUUGCUCAGCUGGGUGCUCGAGGCAUCUCUCUGCUCUUUGCAAGUGGUGACAGUGGAGUUGGAGCUGAAGGAGGAUGCUACACCAACGACGGCAAGAAGUCUCCCACCUUCCUCCCCGAAUUCCCCUCCACCUGCCCUUACAUCACCUCGGUCGGUGCCACUAUGAACUUCUCCCCCGAAGUCGUAGCCUGGGAUCCCCUUGAUGACUUCAGCUCCGGCGGCGGUUUCAGCAGCUACUUCAAGCGCCCCUCCUACCAGGACCUCGCCGUGCCCCAAUACGUCGAUUCCCUCAACGGCGAAUUUGAGGGCCUCUACAACAAGUCCGGCCGCGGCUACCCCGACAUCUCAGCCCAGGGCUUCCACUUCAUCACCACCUGGAACGGUUCCGACACGUGGCUCGACGGCACCAGCGCCGCUACACCCGCUGCGAGCGCCGUCCUCACCCUCGUUAACGAUGCGCUGAUCGCCGAGGGCAGACCGCCUCUGGGCUUCCUGAACCCUUGGCUCUACUCCAUUGGCCACCUCGCCUUCACGGACGUCACGAGCGGCAGUGCGAUCGGAUGCAACACGACGGGUUUCCUGGCGAAGCAGGGCUGGGAUGCGGUCUCUGGAUGGGGGACUCCGUACUUCCCCAAGAUCAAGACGAUUCUGGGUGUGUUUUAAGGGUGAAGUUGUGAGGGAGUCAUGAUGUGAUGAUAUGUAAUGAAUGUAUAAUUUAUGAUGCAACUGAAUUAGAAUCAUUGCCUUGGUUGGUACUGUGUUGUAUUGUCGUCUUUGUGCAUUUGAAUCUGUGAGCCAAGUCUGAACGA